GCAAGUUUGCAUACGCUUGCUUAUUCAUAUUAUAGUUAGCCCUUAUAAGAAGAAACGCAACAUAGACAAGUCAUCAUUCGGCGAUCGAAAGGCAAUACGGUAAGAUGUAAAGUAGCAGGCUAGAAAAGUGACGGCCGCCUGCAAUGGAGUGGUUGUUCUAGUUGAACGACGAUAAGUCGGCCGCAUGGAGCGCAGCUAUUGUAUUUUGUAGUUGACUGCGCUGCUUGUUGGACGACGAUAAGUCGGCCGCCUGUAACGUAGUUGUUGUUUUUGUGACUACUGUCCGUUAUCCGUGCUUGGCGAUGAGCCGACCGCUUGCCGCUUAACGUUCACUAAGUCUUGACGAUGCAUAAAUGCCUUUGGAUUGCUAAUGGUGUGUUUUUCUUUUAUAUUUAAAACAGAUUGAACACUAAAACUGUUGUGUUGUGUGAACGCUGUGUGUAUAUGCGUCGUUCUAUGUAUACGUUUUUGUACAAGCCCCGUGUUUCCGUUUUAUAAGCGAAUUUAAUACACAUAUGUACCAUCACAUUGCACCCCGUUUGCUGGCAAAUUAUUAAAAUGAAAUUAUUUUAUUAAAACCCACUACAACUCGUGUUUAAAAAUUCUUCCGAAAGACUUAAAUUUACAAGUUGACUUGAAGUUGCUGAAUUGUGAUUUAGAAAAAAAAUUCAUUUGAAUUGAAUUUUGUUCUAUGACACGCAUAUGUGCAUAUACGAAUGUGUAGCUAAUAAAAGCUAUAGCAAAUCAUCAACAAUAACAUCAGCAGCAGCAGUAAAGAGAUUGUCAACAGAAGGCACAGCUGGAAGAAAUCAUCAACACCAACAAGAUAAGGAGCAGCACCAUUUAUGUUCUCAGCUCACGGUGGACGCUGUAGACGUGACGGAAAUUUCGACACAUGGCGACGUUGGAGUACUUCCGGAAGGAUUGGUGCUUGGUGAAGGAGGUGCACUUUCUAGCAUCUCAAUGCACUCUUAUUCUGAGAGUGCAACGGUCGGCGAAGAUUGGUGCAAUGGUGGGCAAAUAGUAAGUAUUCAUUUAUUUAACAAUCCAGCGAUACGAACCGAGCGAUUUGGGAAAUCCCUUUGGAAAAUGGCAAAAAUUCAAGACCUAAAGAUCGAGGAACUCAAACAGGAGUUGGAGAAGCGAAAUUUAGCAACCUCAGGAAGAAAAGUGGAGUUACUAUCACGGCUGCGAGAGGCUAUGGAAGCAGAAGGCAUCGACUUGGACAAAUACGACUUCCAGGGUAAACCCGACGAUACAUCCGCAAAGGACGAACAGAAGGAUGAGGCUGCAUGUUCAUCGAUGGAUGUGCAUCAGACAUCCGGGAGGUUUGAAGAACAGAAAAAGGCUCCUUCGUCAUCAACAGCUAUGGACAUGAACACGUUAUUGGCUGCCAUGUCACAGAUGUCAUCACAGAUUUCAUCCCAGCUGCAAAUGCAGGAAACACGCUUGUCAUCGCAGCUGGAAGCACAAAAAACGUACAUGUUGAAUUUAUUCAAAGAUAACGCGGAACUCAGGGAGAGACAGGAUAAAAUCGAGGAACGACAAGAUAAGAUCGAAGCGCUUAUUAAGGAAAAACAGGACAAAGUCGAAGCUAAGGUGGAUGAGCUUGAAGAUCGUCUCCGGGGUUUGCAGUUGAAUCGUCCAGCUAAUCCGAAGAACGCUCUGCUGCACCGCCGCUGCAUUGUUCGUUGCAUUAAAAGGACCUGCAGCGGAAAUCUUGCAGACUAUUCCUGAUUGUGAAAGGAACAGUUAC